GUCUGGGCGGAGGGGUCGCCGCAGCGUCCGCCGCUGCCUCAGCAGGGCAGGAAGGGAGCGGGGAGUGGGCCCGCCGUCCGGGGCGAAGAUGCUGCCCCUCUCCAUCAAGGACGAUGAAUACAAACCCCCCAAGUUCAACCUGGUCCGCAAGAUCUCGGGCUGGUUCAGGUCCAUCCUCUCGGACAAGACCUCCCGGAACCUGUUCCUGUUCCUGUGCCUGAACCUCUCCUUCGCCUUCGUGGAGCUGCUCUACGGCAUCUGGAGCAACUGUUUAGGCUUGAUUUCCGAUUCUUUUCACAUGUUCUUCGACAGCACUGCUAUCCUAGCUGGACUGGCAGCUUCAGUAAUUUCAAAAUGGAGAGAUAAUGAUGCUUUUUCCUAUGGGUAUGUUAGAGCGGAAGUUCUGGCUGGUUUUGUAAAUGGCCUAUUUUUGAUCUUCACUGCCUUUUUUAUUUUCUCUGAAGGUGUUGAGAGAGCAUUAGCACCUCCAGAUGUUCACCACGAGAGACUACUACUUGUUUCUGUGCUUGGGUUUGUUGUAAACCUAAUAGGAAUAUUUGCUUUCCAACAUGGAGGUCAUGGACAUUCACAUGGCUCUGGGCAUGGACAUAGUCAUUCCCUCUUUAAUGGUGCACUUGAUCAUGGACAUGGACAUGGAGAUCAUGGCCAUGGUCAUGGAGACCAUGGCCAUAGUCAUGAAUUGAAACAUGAUGCACAUAGUCACGAUCAUGGACACGGACACUUUGACUGUCAUGAUGGUCCCUCAAUUAAAGGAACAACAGGACCCAGCAGACAGAUCUUACAAGGUGUAUUUUUACACAUUUUAGCAGACACAUUGGGGAGUAUUGGUGUAAUUGCAUCUGCCAUCAUGAUGCAAAACUUUGGUCUAAUGAUAGCAGAUCCUAUUUGUUCAAUCCUUAUUGCCGUACUUAUAGUUGUAAGUGUUAUUCCUCUGUUAAGAGAAUCAGUUGGAAUAUUGAUGCAGCGAACACCUCCAUCACUGGAAAGUGCUCUGCCUCAAUGCUAUCAGAGGGUUCUGCAGUUGCAAGGAGUUUACCAUUUACAAGAGCAGCAUUUUUGGACUCUUUGUUCUGAUGUUUAUGUUGGGACCUUGAAAUUAGUAGUUGCACCUGAUGCUGAUUCAAGAUGGAUUUUAAGCCAAACUCACAAUAUUUUUACACAGGCUGGAGUAAGGCAACUUUAUGUACAGGUUGACUUUGCUGCCAUGUAAUGAAUCGUCAGAAAUUGUGCUCUUUGGACCAAAGGUUUCUGGUACUGUACAGUCUAAAACGUUGUGUCCUCAUCUUUUAUAAAACAGAGCCGUCGCCACUACAACAACCCAAGAUGAAGACCAAGUAGACACAUCUUUUAUGGUCUAGUGGAGGAGUUCUCUUUUAAGGAGCCAAAAUUAAAAGGAUCUGUCCUGGACUUUUGGUCUUGUUUUUUUGUGCCCUCUCUUUCCAAACCAUUUUCUUUUAAGGGUUUCUUUUUCUUUCUUUUCUACUAUCAUAUCUUUAUUUCGGUAGAAAUUCAGAUUGUGGGCUGUGUGAUCAUUGGUAAUGUCUUCUCUGAAGCUACUGAAACCACAGCUCAUUCCCCACAAACCAGUGUUAUUAGAAAAGAAAAAAAGUUUAAAAAAGGAAAUCUGUUUUGUAUAUAAUGUCACAUUGUUGACAUUCUGCAAUAUAAUCAUAUGUUUGUAAAAUUGUUUGUACUUUGCAAACUUAAUGAACCAAACCAUAUUGGGUUUUCAAAGUGCCUUUGCUUCAGAAAAUAUAUUUGCCAGCACAGAAAUGUAAUGUCAGGGGGUUUUAUUUUUUUUAUGGACAUACUAUAACUUGUACAAAAUAAGACUCUUGCUACUGAUGUAUACUAAAUUUAUUUUUGUGUACUUCAAGCAUAGUUUUAAAUGUAUAAAAAUUCCCCUUUAUUGUUUUAUCUUAUCAAAAUAAAAAGGUAAUACUUUUUUAGAAAAAUUCAUUAUCACAUAAAUUACUCUUUUGGAUUGUUUUCAAAGGUUUGCAAAUACAUCUGUUGUACAAAUGGCUGUUUUGGUCUAAUUAAACAUCUGCUAGUCUCCAAAUGAUUUUUGUAAAAACUGCUCUCUCUAUAUGGGAAGCAGUCCUAAAUUCCCCAUUGCCAUUUUUAUGGAGUUUGUAAAUAAAUGAAGGGAAAGGAUACUUACUGGCUUCUGGGGGGAGGGGGAAAGAAAAGAUGAUGAUUUGUGUUUGUCUUUUCAUUUUUUAAAUGCUGAUUUUUUUUAGCUUUGUUUUCCUGUGCAAAGCUUUGCGUACAUAAAAUUGCUUUCAAGAACCCCCUAAAGCUUGAAAGUGAUGGAUUUCAUUGAACUGUCACCAGUUUCCUAGAUGGAAGUGAGGAGGUCCUGAGACUAAACAAAGCAUGGGAGGUGAGUUGAGCACUUGACCUAACACAGGCAUCUUAAGCAGAGGUGAAGACAAAGCACUCUUACGGAUCUAAUUUGAGAGGAUGAGCAUUGAUACUUUUGAAGGAAUACUGAAAUGGAUAACUCUUUUUCUGCUUAUAAAUGAAAUCAUGUUAAAAAUUGAAAUAGCCAAGAAAUCCUCAAGGAAGGAAAUGAAUGUUUGAGAAUAUUAGUGAUAGCAAGUUCUUAAUUUUCCAUUGGGAGCAGAAAAAAAUAUGUUCAUUUUCUACUAUGGUAUAAUUUGAUUAUCUGCUUUCCAUAGCUGACCUACAAUCUCAAGAAGUGAGCAUUUAUGGUACAUCAAAUAUGUCAAUGGUUCCUACAUAAGGAAAAGAAAACAAUGGAUUAUCAUUAGGAAAAUUGUCUACCUUGUCUAUGCAUAUAUACAUAUGGACUAAAUUAUGGAUUUAUUGCUACUGAUUGGCCUGAAGUAUAUUUAUAUAUAUUAUUUUGUUGUAAAUUAAGUAGUAGUUUCAGAGCUGUAAGACUUGCUAGAGAGAUUUCCUGAACCUAAGAAUCAAUGCAAUUGUAACUAGUUUAACUGAAAUAAUCGGAGACUUUUAAAGGGGUGAGGAAAAGAUAUAUUCCCAUGAUCCUGCUGCUUUUACUUGACAGGUAUAAUUAGUCUUUUCUAAUCUUCUAACCACUGUUAAGCCUGUGAAACUCUGAUUUAUUCUUUAAACCUAUCACAGAAAUAAUGUUCAUAUUAUAGAAAAAUGACAGAAUUAGUAUGACUGAGAGAUUUUGGAGUUUAAGACUUAAGACAAUUGAAUAUGGAAGAAUUUGUCAAACAUUUCCUGUGUGGAGAAUGAGAUUUUCUUUUAGUAGGUAUAUGCAUGAUUGUUGUGUGGGUUUUAAAGAAGGGUCAGGUGUUCAUUGUUGUGGUCUUUAUGUACUGUCUCUGCUGUUCAGCAGAAAGAAUGAUUUUUACAGACACUAAUCUGAGCCACCGUUUGUUUACUUUUUAAUGAAGAAAAACCUGCUUCUCUUUAUGAAAUUGUAUUCACGGUGCACCCAAAGAAAUUGCAUGAGUAUUAUAAAUUUUCCAUUUGAUGACAGUUUAGAGCUACUGAAUUAAUGAACAAAAUUCUUACCAUUGCUUCUACAUUGAGAGUAGGAGCCUGAAAUCACAAGAUUGGUAUAAAUAAUUUCUGCAUUAGUUCAAAUGAAUGUAUAUAGUAUUAAAGUAUAGUAGAAGACA